CGCCCAAAAGCCACCGCAAAGGAGUCUACUCUUCGACCCCCAAACCCAAUAAUGGUAGUCGACCGCCGUUUAGACAAUAUACUCCGAAUUCUACUUCAGCCCGGAGCGGCAGAUCCGAACAAUGCCGACGCAUCUAGUGUCUACGCCUCGGCCGCAACGGUUCUCGCAACGUUAACAAACCCGCUGAACGUCUCUCUACUAUCCACCCAAAUCCUGAUCUCCCCUGCGAUAUGGGAAGAGAACUUCGAUGGGCUCAAAGCCGGGCUACGUGUCUUUGGAGUCUUCCAGAGUGCUACGGUUGGAAAGUUCGAGACACAGGGGUCUAUUCUGAGUGUUGAAGAAUGGAUUAGUGCCCUCGUUAGGGGGGCUAAUAAUAACGUGCCUCGGUGGAAACAUCUUUUGCUUCUCGGGGGUGUACUUUCGGCGGAUCAGGAACGGUCGCAGCUGCCCAGGGUUACCCGUACAAGUCUCGAGCAGGCGUUUUGUAGGGCGGUGAACCUAUCAGUGGAGAGCAAUGCUCGUCACGAGCUUGAGGCGGACGUUCUCAGUCUUCAAAAGAGGCUAUCCACUACGAUGCAAGCCCUGUUACCCGUGAUUGUGAAAUCUAUGUAUAAUUCCCGUGAAGGGUUUCAAUCAGGGUAUUUCCUUUCAACAAUUGAUCACGAUAUAAUGACCAUCGAGGGAAAACUUGUCUGGCCCAGUAAAUCGAAUUCCUUCCUGGAGCUUCAACAGAGGUCUGGAAGGCCUUUGUUCGCAGCAAUGAGUGGGCUCGCCCGACUAGCUGCUGCCUCUAUCAGGCACUCGCAGGACCCAAUGGUCCUGCACCAAUUUGUCGAUAGCCUCUGGGGCUUCUCUCAAGUCCUGAGCGCGCAAUGGAAAAUGAACGGGCUGAGCGAAAUACCAAUGUCGGAGGAGAAAAAUCGGGUAGAUGAAGAAUCGCUGAAAGCAACACUUCCCGUUGUCUGGCAGAUAUUAAAAGCAAUCCUCUUCGGAUCAACAAUGAUUCUCCAAGAGCUUACAGCGCGAAUUGCUGAAUCUCCUCUCCUCUCCGGACCAGACCACGGGCCAACUUUCUCCUCCAAAAUCCUCCUAAUCCUCCGAAAUUUCUACUUUAUAACCUCCCGCCUAGGCCCAAACGCCUUCUCUAGCUACAACUUUGUCUACCUCUCAGCAAUUGACAUCCUUACAACCUACCCAAUACCCUCCGAAAAAUUCAUCAUAGAUAUUGCCCCAGCGCAAGCUGGUACCAUCCCCCCCACACUUCCCGAGCGCCUCUUCGACCUCUACUUCCUAAACACAGUAGAACACUUUACCCACUCCCUCCCGCAGAAAAUAAACGAGGAAACGACCCUCCCAUGCACGUCUGUAUACCUCCUCCCUUCUUCUGACGCUUCCUUGCAUGCACACUUCGAAUCGGCGCAUUCAGUCAUGUUAUCCAUUAUUGGCGCUCCCAAGUCUGCGGAUCUUGGAGCACGGAUAUUACCUUUCUAUGUUGAUACCGUAUUCAAAACAUUUCCUGCAAGUCUUUCAGCAAGGCAAUUCCGCCUUGCUUUCGGCACGCUGAUACGAGAAUGCUCGCCACCUCAGGCAAUCUCAUCACUGCAGCCCCAUCUAGCAGAAGUAAUCAUGGAAAUCUUAGCCGAGCGUGCAAAGAUCGCUUCGACAGAACCGCUAGACAACAAGGUCGAUGAGGGCGCAGUAGGUCUUAGUGAGAAGGAUGUGUGUAUUUUGGCAUUGAUAGACGGGUUGCCAGCGAUGGAGGUCGGGGUUAUGGAGCGGUGGCUGGACCCCACAGCGGAUCUACUGAAUAGUGUUGGGAAUGAGGGGAGCAAAGGGAGGAUACGGGAGCGAUUUUGGGAUGUGCUUAGUGGAGAGUUGGACGUUGAGAGGGCUGAAGUUGCGGUUAGGUGGUGGACAAGUGCCAAUGGCAGGGAUAAGGUUUUGUUAGGGCUAGGGAAGGGGGAGGGCGUUGAGGGUAUUAGAGCUAUGUUGUAGGUGCACAACUAUCAUAUUUCCCGCCGCAACGCGACGUCCACCUUCGGUUUGGUUGGUCUUAUAAGGUUGAUUGAUUUUGGUUAUGAGGUUUUGGCAGUUUAGAUUAUGGAAAUACCUUAAUUUAUUUGUGGAUCCUAAUUUACUAUUA